CAUGAUAUCCAAUCAGCAUACAGUCCUUUGUCCGCAACUCCACGCCCAACUUUUAACUUUCCACAGCUCCCAUCUUUCGUUCCCAGGUUGGUACACUGGUACACCAUUAACAAGGACUGUUACGGUUAUCACUCCUGAAAAAUGGCCUUGACUCUUCUUCACAGGAACAGUUAGAUCUGUGGUUGAGACGAAACACCUGCAAGGCUUGGGAAACAAACACUACAAAACCCAUAUCCUCACAAAUGCAUGUGGUGGCCAUGGUCACAUACACGCGGGAGGAGUUCUAUCAGCAGCUGCUGAGUGGCUGCGUGCUGCCAACCACUCAGCAAGGAUUUGAGCAGGUGUGGAUUCUUCUACUGUUGUGCUUCGUGUGCCGUCUGCUUUGGAGACUGGCUUUGCCAUCCUAUGCUAAGCACCUGAGCACAGUGGCGAGUGGCUUCUAUGCCCUCUACCACUUCUUCCAGCUGCAGAUGGUGUGGGUCGUCCUCCUCAGCCUCCUGUGCUACCUCGUGCUGUUCCUGUGCCGCCACUCCACCCAGCGUGGCGUCCUGCUCUCCAUCACGAUCCUCAUCUAUCUGCUCAUGGGAGAGAUGCAUAUGGUGGACACUGUGAGCUGGCAUAAAAUGAGAGGUGCCCAGAUGAUUGUGGCCAUGAAGGCAGUGUCCUUGGGCUUCGAUUUGGACCGGGGUGAGGUGCCAGCCAUCCCAUCCCCAGUCGAGUUCAUGGGGUACAUCUACUUCGUGGGAACAGUUAUCUUUGGACCCUGGUUCCGUUUCCGCACCUACUUGCAAGCUGUGGAGAGCAGGAAGAUGAGCUUUUCCUGGCUCAGAAAGGUCUGCCAGAGCUUCUUCCUCUGCCUCGUGUGCCUCAUCAUGUCCACUUGUGUGGCCCCCUAUCUCUUCUCUUACUUCAUACCCCUCUACAGCUACAAGCUACUCAGGAAGAAGCGCAGAAGCAGGAGCACAAUGGUGAGGUGGCUCCGGGCUUACGAAAGCGCCAGCUCUUUCCACUUCAGCAACUAUUUCGUGGGCUUCCUAUCUGAAACUACAGCCACCCUGGCUGGGUCCAGCUUCACAGAGGAGAAGGACAAUUUGAAAUGGGAUCUGACCGUUUCUCGCCCGUUGAAUGUGGAGCUGCCACGUUCCAUGGUGGAGGUGGUCACCAGCUGGAACCUGCCCAUGUCCCGUUGGCUGAACUCCUAUGUUUUUAAGAAUUCCUUGAAACUGGGCACCUUCUCAGCCAUCAUUGUAACUUACGCAGCAAGUGCCCUCUUACAUGGGCUGAGUUUCCACCUGGCUGCUGUGCUGCUAUCUCUGGGUUUCAUCACUUACAUUGAGCAUGUCCUCCGGAAGAGGCUCUCCGUCAUCUUUGAUGCCUGCAUACUCUCCAAGAGGUGCCAGCCGGGAUGUUCGCAUCGCAACAAUAGGAAUCUUUGGGUUUACCUCCUCAACUUCAUUUUUGGUGCUCUCGCGGUCUUCCACCUGUCCUACCUAGGCUCCUUAUUUGACAUGGACGCUGACGACGCUGUGGAAGAGCAGGGUUAUGGCAUGUCCUACACCAUUCGUAAGUGGUCUGAACUGAGCUGGGCCAGCCAUUGGGUGACUUUUGGAUGCUGGGUCUUCUACCGACUCAUCAGCUGAACCUCUUGCAUGGGCUGGAGGGGGAGAUGGAGCCAGGAGGACAGGAAGAGCGAGGCAGAGUGGAGAACCCUGUCUUCUUCAAGAACUUUUUGGUGCCAAUCUGGACUUAAGUCUCUGGAACAACCAGCUGAGCCCAUUUCCCUCUGGGACACUUUUGGAAGGAAGGGGCCUCUCUGCUUAGGGGGUGUGCUGCACACGACACCCUGGGCAUACCCUGAUCCACGGCCCCCAACGACAAAGCCUCUUGAGAAGGAUAGCCUCAACAGUUCCCAAAACCACAACAAUAGGAAAUCAGUUCUUUCCCCAUCCAUUGACUCUUUGAGGGAACAACACUCCUUGCUAUUGUAGAAAUCCCUGGUUUAUUCUGCUGUUCCCUCUAGUGACCCUCUGGGGAAACCAUAUCCGCUCUCUCUCCCUUCCCCCCAACUCCAACUGCGUUCUUGUAUGGUUUCGUUUAAUAAUUUUUAUUAGAAAAGUUGUCUGGCUAAUUCUGUGCAUGUUCUCCUUUCUUCUGUCUCAUGCCUGAUGAUGGGAAAUGGGCCCACCGCUCUCAUGGCAUCCUUAGUCAUUGCUGGGAUUGCUGCCCUUUUUCUUUUCUUUUCACAGUAAAGUCUGAUGACUGGCCAGUCAGAAAGGUGAUUUUUUUAAAAAAAACUGUGUGGUUCAAAAUUGCCCCUCCUCCCUAACUUUGAAGAUAAGGUUAUUUUAAUUUAGGAUCAGCGAGUUUGAAUAACCGAGGUUUUGUUUCCAAGAUCUCCUCGUUUCAGAGGCUUGAGGAUUCUUAAUUCCAGCAGUGGCAGAAACAACGCAAGGAUGUUUGGUGAGAGGAAGAUGGGCAAAGCAAGAAGAACAGGCAUAUGUCGCUUUUGUACAGGUUUAUUUCUCUCCAAUGCGAGCAGCUGCAGUGCCUGUCCUAAGGCUUACUUACUGCAAUAAGAGCUUAAAGCUAAAAUAUGCUGGUACUUUUGCUCUACCUUCUUGCCUUCAGCUGCACCUACCCAGGGAAAGAAGCUGUUGUGAAAUUAAAUCCAAACCUCUAGUUGAAAAGAGAUCUCCUUCCCCCCGUUGCAAGGCACCUGCUGACACUCCCUGUUGCUGAGAUACCUGGAAUUCCUGCUUAUCCAUCUGCUCUUCCUCCACAACCAGGUGAACCAGAAACUUGCUCUGUUUUCUUUUUCUUUUUCCCCUUCUCGCAAAGAAAACUCAAAAACUCAGGAAAUAAAAUACGGUGUCUGGUUAUGCAUAGCUAGUCAGAAUACAUUCAUUGCUGGCAUAUUACUGAUUUGCAUUAAUUAUUCUGGAAGAAUGUUUUCUCUCCUUCCAGGCAGAUUAAUGUGGGGUAGAACAUAAGCACUAAAGGGAAGAGGAGAGGAGGGAUAUAGUACUCAUCUUCUACCAUGUUCUCUUCCCCUCAUUAUGGUGAUUAAGCCAAUAUGGGUCGUAUGAAUAUAUUAAGAAAUGCUGAAUCUGUGUCAAAUGGUUUCAAGUAUGGCUCUCUCAAGUAGGGGGUGGGUGAAGUACAGCUUCCUAGAUGUUUUGGACUAGUACUCCCAGUAUUCUUUAUCACUGGUUUGGGGCUGCCGGUGGUUGUGGGAGCCCACCAACAUCUGGAGGGCCACACUUUGCCUGCUCUUGCUUUAUUGUAUGACCCCCACUUAAUGUCUUAUGAUCCCAACUUGAAAGGCCCAAGAAUGCUAUCAUAUGGACUCUACCCUUCUAGUCUCAUUGUUGCCUAGGUCAGUGGUCCCCAACAGCGAACCAUGGACCGGGUGGGGAGGUGGGGUCUGUGGGGGGGCACCCA